AUGGAGGACCUAGCCAAUCUUCUUGAUGAAGAUACACUGUCAUUCAGACCUCUGAACAAAGUGCGAUGGCUGUCGCGGCACCAAGCUGUCAAUGCUGUUCUGAGGAACUACACUGUGCUUCAAGAAUUCUACAAAAGAGAAUUAACUGAAAACAGAGAUCCAGUGGCAAAGUACUGCUACAAAAAGCUGAGCGAUUCAAAGUUCAAUGUUACUGUCACUGCUCUGGGAGACGUUUUGGGUGAGCUAGCACAACUCUGCCUCACUUUACAAAGACGCAACCUGACUGUGAUGGAAGGACACUGCUUUGCUAGAGCAAAGAUUGAGAAGUUGCGUUCCCAGUGCUUGAGGGAGAAGGAUGUACAGUGGAGUGACCGUGUCAAAGAGGCAAUGGCGACCUCAACAGCUUAUGACAGAAAUACUGCCAGGCCACAACUGGACCUCAGCCAGGCCAAAGCAGGACUCUUCCCAUGGCCACAGCAGGACUCUUCCCAUGCCAAAGCAGAACUCUUCCCAUGGCCAAAGCAGGACUCUUCCCAUGGCCAAAGCAGGACUCUUCCCAUGGCCAAAGCAGGACUCUUCCCAUGGCCAAAGCAGGACUCUUCCCAUGGCCAAAGCAGGACUCUUCCCAUGCCAAAGCAGGACUCUUCCCAUGGCCAAAGCAGGACUCUUCCCAUGGCCAAAGCAGGACUCUUCCCAUGCCAAAGCAGGACUCUUCCCAUGGCCACAGCAGGACUCUUCCCUUGA